AAAGCAUUUGGAUGAUGAACGUCGCAUAAAAGUAUUAUUUAUGUAUCUGUAUCUCCAACCGACAAUGUUCGAUUAGAUAAAGACAGCAUCACUUGAACUCGCGAUACGAUGCUACAUUAAAAUGAGGCAGAACAAAGCGAAGAAGCUUCCACAGUACCUUGCGGGUAUCUCAGUUUGCAUGGGAGCGAUGGCUGCAGGUACCGUUUUGGGUUGGACGGGAAACAUUUCAAAAGAACUGGAGCUGGGCGCGUUAAACGACAUAACUAUAGACGAAGCCGAUGUAGGUUGGGUUGGCUCCAUAUCAAACUUGGGAGGACUGCUGGUGUGUUUUCCCAUAGGGAUUAUAUGCGACUUCAUAGGAAGAAAGAAUGCAACCUUACUACUUACGGCACCUUUUCUACUCGGAUGGAUACUUAUUCUAUUCGCACAAAACUUAGCCAUGAUCUUGGCUGGAAGAUUUAUUGUUGGUAUGGCAGGGGGAGCCUUUUGCGUAGCCGCUCCCUUGUAUACAAGCGAAAUAGCCGAGAAAGAAAUUCGAGGCACUUUGGGAAGCUUCUUCCAGCUAUUCGUCACGUGCGGAAUUAUGCUGUCUUACAUUUUGGGCUACGCAGUGAGCGUCAAAGUCUUCACAAUUGUAAUGACUGCAAUUCCCAUCAUUUUUUGCGUUUCAUUCGCCUUCCAACCCGAAACACCAAUAUACAGACUCAAGCAGAAAGACGAAAAGGAGGCCAGGUACAGUCUGAAACGCCUGCGCGGAAGCAACUACGACCCCUCACACGAAAUACAAGAACUUAACGCCGUCUUAGACGAAUUGAAAAACAACAACGUGAAGAUAAGCGAUUCGCUCAAGAAACGGAGCACUAAGAUCGCCGCAAUUGUCAGUUUCAGUCUCAUGUUCUUUCAGCAGGCUGGUGGUGUUAACGCCGUGAUUUUUUACACCAGCGAUAUCUUUACGGAUUCCGGCUCCAGUCUGGAUCCAAAAGAAGCCACGAUGAUUGUGGGCGCCAUUCAAAUAAUCGCCACCUUCAUCUCCUCACUCGUCAUCGACAAACUGGGUCGUCGAAUUCUUCUUCUAACAUCGUCACUUUUCAUGGCUGUCGGUCUUUUAAUUUUAGGCGCGUUCUUCUCUUUGAAACUCCGAGGCUUGGCCGACGCCGAAACGCUAGAGACCCUCGGUCUUCUUCCAAUCGUCGGAUUGUGCGUCUUUAUAAUCGCGUUCUCCUUAGGAUUCGGGCCAAUUCCGUGGAUGAUCGCAUCCGAAUUAUUUCCAUCCGAAAUUAAAAGCGUCGCAAGCUCGAUAGCUGGCACGUUAAAUUGGCUUAUGGCUUUUCUCAUUACCAAGUUUUACGGUGACAUGUCGGCGAGUCUAGGGGGGGACGUCACGUUCUACAUAUUUGCGGGAAUAUGCCUGAUUGGUAUAGUAUUUGUCUUCUUUGUCGUGCCAGAGACGAAGGAUAAGACAUUAGCUCAAAUUCAAAGAGAAUUGAACAAAGAGACACUUGGGGGAAUAGACAAUUGCGGCUUUCAAGAUAAAAAAUAAGUUAUAACCUUGCACCUAGUUCAAAGAGGGCUGUAAUCUUUGAAAAUUCCAAUUGUGAUUUGUAGUCAAAUAAGUAGUGUAUUUUCACAUUAUUUUUUACUUUAUAUACGAAAGGAAUUUUUUAAGUGAUUAUGUUUGUGCUAACCAUGAACCAAGGUAUUGUGCCAUCCCAACAUAAAUCACUCGAACAUGCAUUCACUCACUAUGUGCAUCUGCAUACUCCCUCAUACUUUAUUGUUGAUAUAGGCUAAUUAGUAAUAAACAUUUUACGUUCAAUUCUGACCGAAAGUUGAGAAGAUUUUCACGAUAAAAAUAAUUUGUUUGAAAAUUUUAAUAAAAUUGUACGAAAUCUGACUAUUCUCAA